AGGUGUAAUUGUUUCUCCUAUAAAUUAAGCCAUCUUCUCAACCAAACUCUUCACUCACAAAAGCAUCACACAACACUCUCACACACACUUUCUCUUCUCUUAUUUUCUCAGUUCUUUUAACUCCUUUCCACUAAUUCAAAUGGCCACCGUCGAGGUUGUACAAGUGACUCCAGUAGCAGCUGAGAACAUCGAGGUGCCACCACCAAAGACGGUAGAGUCGGAGGAGGUCACCGCCGUCUCCGAGUCUCUUCCAGCUCCGGUAACAGAAUCUCAAGCGCCUGUCGAAGUAACAACUAAUGACUUGGUCUUGGUAGAAACAGAGAAACCGAUCGAAGAAACAGAGGAAGCUCUAGUUGACACUCCGACGGCUGUGGAGAUAAAGAAAGAUGAAGAAGCUCCAGUUGAAACUCCGGCGGUUGUGGAGGAAGAGAGCAAAACAGAGGAAGUUGUAGAGGCGAAGAAAGAGGAAGAAGUAGAAGAAAAGAAGACAGAGGAAGCUCCAGUGGUUGUGGAGGAAGAGAAGAAGCCAGAAGCAGAGGAGGAGAAACCCACUGAAGUAGCCGCCGUCGCAGCUCCGGUGGAGAAGGCUGAUGAGUAAAUUCGAAGGAAAAAACUGUCUUUUGAAAGACAUAAGAAGAAAAAAACGUUAGCAAGUAAACUAUUUGUUACUUUUAAGUACUUUGUGUCUUGUUUUGUUGUUGAGUCUAUGACUCUUCUUGCUUUUGUGUUUUUUUUUUUUUAAAAUUCUCUUAAGUAUUUUCAAUGGUUACCAUUUUGAAUAAGAUAUACAUUAUGUUAUAUAAAGUUUGAUUGA